AUGCUACCCGAAGUUGUGUUCGUUUUGGGUGCACCCGGCGCCGGCAAGGGCACUCAGUGCUCACUUAUAUCAAAAGAAUUCGGUUUUGUGCACCUCUCUGCUGGCGAUCUUCUCCGGGAGGAACGCCAGCGGCCCGGCUCCGAGUACGGUGAAAUGAUAGAGGAAAAGAUACGGAACGGAUUAAUCGUGCCCGUCGAGGUUACCUGCUCACUAAUACACAAAGCAAUGGAGAAAUCCGGUAAAGCGCGCUUCCUAAUCGACGGAUUCCCACGCAAUAAGGACAAUUUGGACGGCUGGGAACGUGUCAUGUCAGAUAAAACGAAGCUCCUAUUCGUAUUGUUCUUCGAGUGUUCGCGCGAUUUGUGCACGCAAAGGUGCUUGGGACGUGGCGCAGCCGGCAGCGGGCGUUCAGACGAUAACCUCGACAGCCUUCAGAAGAGAUUUAACACAUACUUAAACGAUACAAUGCCAAUUAUUAAUCACUACGACGAACAUGGCCUAGUGCGGCGAGUCAACGCUGAGGUGGCGCCACAAGAAGUGUUCGAAGAUGUCAAAAAAUGUUUCACGGCGUUAGGAAUCCAAAGUCUAGAUAAGUAA